GCCGCUGUGUUGCAGGUCAUCAGCCAUGCCGUCUUGCAGUGCGAUGGUGUCCUGCGCGCUCUUGCUUGGCGUCGCGCUGUUGCUGGCGGUGUCUCGCUCCACCCACGCCUCUCCGCUCUCCAGCCAGAGUUACCUGCCAGCCAUGGACCCCGAGCCGGAUUCCGAGUACAUGCUGGAGAUGCUGGCACGGAUGGCGCGUCUCGGCCAGUCACUCAUCACGCCCAACGACGUUGAGAAGUGAGUGGGACGCCUGCCACUGCCGACACGGGGGCAUUUCAACGCCAGGCUCCCUUGCAGUCAAGUCUCCACUUCUCUUCCUUCCGCCCGGUUCACUUCCUUCAGCGCAG